AGACUAAACUGUUGUCGGAUACGCCAACUGACCCUAGGCACCCCAUGGACAGAGACGCACCUUCAACACUUUCUCCUGAAGCCUAAGACCUUUCAGUAAGGUAGAUCACAGCGCAAUUCAGCUGCACAUUACACAUAUAGGUCUGUAACCAUGCAGUACCAGCACGCAUCGCCAGCUCCUACGGUCAGCGUUCCUCUUUACGCACCUACUCCAAUCCAGCCCGUCCACCCAACUCCUUUCUACAUUGAAGAUAUCUUGGGUCGGAAUGGUUCGCCGGCAUCUUCUACCUUGUUCCCGAUGCCAACCCUCCCAUCUCCGAACUCAUCCUUUACCAGUCUGGUGUCACCGUACAGGACCCCUAUCUAUGAACCAACGCCUAUCCAUCCAGCCCUCUCGCACCACGCCGCGCUGACGGCCACGUAUGCCUCGGGAGCUUUCGCCAAUUCCAUCUAUCCAUUUCACCGUUCUAUGGGAGACUACACUCAAGCGCUUCUAAGACACGAUCCUCUUGGUAAACCACUUUUGUGGACGCCAUUUAUCCAACGCCCUUUACACAAGAGAAAAGGCGGUCAAGUGCGCUUCUCCAACGACCAGACAAUAGAGCUGGAGAAGAAGUUUGAGACGCAGAAGUACCUGUCACCUCCAGAACGAAAAAGACUGGCUAAAAUGUUACAACUGAGUGAAAGACAGGUGAAAACAUGGUUCCAAAAUCGAAGAGCAAAGUGGCGAAGACUCAAACAGGAAAAUCCUCAGGGUAGUAAGCGGGAGCUGGAGGAUGAAGGCGCAGUAAGAAAGUGCGAUGGUGUCUUGUCAGAAUCUGGGGCGAGCCCGGACCUGAGGCGCACAGAGCUGGCCCAGUCACACAGCCGGUCACAAUGCUCCUCCUCGCCAUUAUCACAAGGAGAAAUAGAUUCGGACAUUUCAGAAGACACAGAUCAGGAGCUGGACAUUGAGGAGGAUAUAGAGUUUCCCUUGAAUACUCAGAUAUGACACAAUCUAUUGAAACUGCCAAACGCUAAGUGAUGUGUGCAUGUCAUUUAGUUGCCUUUGCAUUCAGAUGAUUUUGGUUUUGUAAAUAACGUGUUCUUGUAUAUUUCGCUUUGUGUACAUGAUCUAAGUAGUAGACAAUUUAAGCUUCCGUUUCAGCAACCAGAACGCCUUGUUGGAUGUCAGUGACCUCCAGCCACUAUGGGAAUUGAUCAAUGUGUUAUCUUAAUGUGUAAUCUUGUUCAUUUGAUUGAAUAAUAAUGAUGUAGUUUAGAACAUCAAUAAACUAUAUUUGGGGAUAAACAAGAUGGCUAACCGGUUAAGGUCUUUCU